CCAAAAUUAUUAUAUUAUGCAACCUCCUCUGCUCUCCUAUAUAUCAUAUCUUAUCAAAUCACACCAUCAUAAUUAACAAUUCUAUAUAUACAUUUCAGUUUCUUACAUUGUGUCAUCGAGGAUUAUGGCAACCCCAGCAGCAGCGCCCUUAGUCUUCAAAGUUCGAAGAGCAGAACCCCAACUGGUAGCUCCGGCUAAGGCCACACCAAAAGAGCUCAAACUACUUUCUGACAUAGACGACCAAGAAGGUCUUCGCUUUCAUAUUCCGGUCAUACAGUUUUACAAGUAUGAGGCGUCCAUGCGAGGAAGGGACCCAGUCAAGGUCAUCAGAGACGCCCUGGCUCAAACGCUGGUCUUUUACUACCCUUUCGCUGGCAGGCUACGUGAGCUUGCAGGAACCGGGAGGAAGCUUGCGGUGGAGUGUACUGGCGAGGGCGUGCUGUUCGUGGAAGCCGACGCCGAUGUCACCUUGAACGACUUUGGAGACGCUCUUCAACCCCCCUUUCCUUGCUUGGAAGACCUUAUUUUCGAUGUUCCUGGCUCCGGAGGGGUCCUUCACUCUCCCCUGAUGCUUAUCCAGGUCACUCGCCUUGCCUGCGGGGGCUUCAUAUUCGCGCUCCGCUUGAACCACACCAUGAGCGACGCUGCAGGCUUGGUCCAGUUCAUGACGGCGGUGGGAGAGAUAGCGCGGGGCGCAGGCUCCCCCUCUGUUCCACCGGUGUGGCAGAGGGAGCUCCUCAACGCCAGGAACCCGCCGAGAGUGACCUGCGAACACCGCGAGUACGAAGAAGUAGCCGACACCAAGGGUACCAUCAUACCUCUGGACGACAUGGCCCACCGCUCCUUCUUCUUCGGCCCAACCGAGGUGGCAGCCCUCCGGCGGUUGGUUCCGCCGCACAUCCGUCGAGCUUCCACCUUCGAGCUACUGACUGCGUGCUUGUGGAAGUGCCGCACCACUGCGCUGAAGAUGGACCCGGAGGAGGAGGUGCGCAUAAUAUGCAUAGUGAACGCGCGUUCGAAGUUCAACCCUCCUUUGCCGAGGGGGUAUUACGGCAACGCGUUUGCCUUCCCGGUGGCGGUGACGACGGCGGGGAAGCUGUGCGAGAAUCCAGUGGGGUAUGCGGUGGAGCUGGUGAAGAGGGCGAAGGAGGGGGUGACGGAGGAGUACAUGCAAUCGGUGGCGGAUCUGAUGGUGAGCAAGGAGAGACCCCACUUCACGGUGGUGAGAUCGUACCUGGUGUCAGACUUGACCCAUGCAGGGUUUGGGGAGGUGGACUUGGGGUGGGGGAGGGCUGUGUAUGGUGGAGCUGCCAAGGGUGGUGUUGGGGCCAUCCCGGGCGUGGCCAGUUUCUACAUUCCUUUUACGAACAAGGUGGCUGGGGAGCAAGGAAUUGUGGUUCCUGUUUGCUUGCCUGCGCAGGCCAUGGAUACGUUUGUGGAGCAGUUGAAUUCCAUGUUGAAACCCACAGCCGCAGCCCCACACACUUUCAUUGCUUCCGCUCUAUGAUCAUGAUAUGAUGUGACUAUAUCCACAACAUAUAUUCAUAUUUCAUAGUCAUUUACUGUUCUGGUUUCUUUUCUACCAUAUACAUUAUAUAUAUAUGCUCUGCAUUAAUAUGAUUUCCGAUCCCAUAUUAAUUGCAUUUGCACCUGCUUGCUUUGUAAAAAUCAAAUAAAGACUAAGCUUUUUUUUGUAAUGCGAAUUGAUGAACAUUUUUGUUUCUUUCA